CGUGAUAAGAAUUGUGAGAUUUGUGUCAACUAGUCGUUAUCUCUGAGAAGUUAAGAGGCUAUUAUAGUCUUUGAACUGAAGUGGAGCUGUCCGUCCUGUUUUUUCGUGUCCAGAGCAGAAAACCUUCUUAGGAACUUUUACCUUCCAUAAAAUGCAUCGAUCAAACAUUCUUUGUAGGAUCACCGGAGUACUAAGGACCAGCUGUUCUCACAGACACCAGCACACGAAUACUCAGGCAACGAUUAUCGAUGGAAAGAAAAUUGCAAAUGAGAUAUUAAAGAACCUAAAAGCAGAAGUAGAAGAUAUCGUGAAAGCAGGCAAGCGUGCACCAUGUUUGACUGCCAUUCUUGUUGGUGACAAUGCUGCCAGUGCAACUUAUGUUCGAAACAAAAUGGUAGCUGCUAAAAAAGUUGGAAUAUCGUCAGACACCAUUCGCCUGCCAACAGAAACAUCCCAAGAUAAAUUACUGGAAGAAGUCAACAAAUUAAACAAUGAUGAAAAAGUCGACGGAAUUAUUGUGCAGCUUCCUUUGCCAAAGCAUAUUGACGAACAAAAAGUAUUCAACUCAGUAUUACGCACCAAAGAUGUUGAUGGAUUCAGUGCUAGUAAUUUUGGCCUCUUCAGUCUCAAUAUGUGUGCUUUGGCCCCGGCAACCCCACUUGCAGUUCAUGAAUUAAUAUUACGGACUGGCAUUGAAACCAAAGGUAAAAAUGCUGUUGUGUGCGGGCGCUCCAAAAAUGUCGGACUUCCAAUUGCAAUGCUUUUGCAUUCUGACACACAUGGAGAUAUAUUGGGCAUGGAUGCUACAACUACCAUUUGCCAUCGAUUCACACCCCCUGACCAACUUACUCAUUACCUUCAAAAUGCAGAUAUCGUGGUUUCUGCUGUUGGUAUCCCAAACUUGAUUCAAGCUCACAUGGUGAAAAAAGGUGCUUGCAUAAUUGAUGUCGGCAUAUCUCAUGUUAAGGACCCAUCUGCAAACCAAUUUAAGCUGGUUGGAGAUGUCGAUUUUGAAAAUGUGAGCAAAGUAGCCGGCUUCAUAACACCAGUUCCAGGUGGCGUCGGACCAAUGACCGUGGUUAUGCUGAUGAAAAAUACAAUUAUUGCCUCCAGGCUCAACUGCAGCUGAUCUCAAAUAUUUUAAACUAUCCAUGAAAAUCCAGGUUGAAUUAGGUGCUGAGUUUACCCAAUUAUCUUCGAUUAAGUUCAAAUAUGUAAACUCUUUUUGGAGACCUUUCAACCUACAAGUAUGUCUCCAAUUUUCAGCCUUUGAUCCGUCCCAACUUAUGAAACAUGAAGAAAGCUUUCAUGAGUUGCAAUUAGGUUAAGUGAGAAAGCUGUGUCCUUCCCCUGUAACCACUCAAAACACCUCAAAAACGUAAAUUAUUGUUGAAGAAAAAGCGUCUCAUAUCCAAGAAGAAGAAAAAAAAAUACCCUCAAAAACAUGUUCAAGAAGUAAUUUUUAUUGAAAUUCUGUAAAAAUUUUAGGUGCACUAGACAAUACGAGGUGAGGUGAAGGACAAUAGCUUUUUCUGUUCUUUCAGAGUUUUUGUAACAUAUUCUCAUGAUAUAUAAACAAAUCUUUUGACUUGCCGUUUUUGAGUCCCUCCUUUCAUGAGAAUAGGGAUGAAAACAAGCUCUGAAAAUUCCAAUGUGCUUUGUUUUGUUAUAAAUUUUCCAAAUGUUGGAAGUAAAUUUAGAGUAAGAUUUUUUCAAUGACUGUAUAAACUAAAUAUAGGGUAACAAAAUGCCUAAUUCCUGAUGAUUCCGUAUGGAAUUUCCAUCUUUUUUAUUCUAAAUUUAGAAUCAGACUAUUAAAUGGCUGUGAGCAAGUUAAAGACCCUUCAAAAGUGGUGAUUUAAUUUGGGAAAAAAAUUAAUAGAACUUGAUAAAUUGUGAACUUAUAAUACUGGCUCAUCAUACCAGACAUUGUUGCGGCAUUAUUUCAGAAUGGAUGCGGCCCAAAAAACCAAAUUGUCAACACUCUGCAAAAUAAUAUUAAGGAAAGUGCUGAAGGUGAAAUCAACUAUCAAAAGGUUCUGUGGUUAUGUAUGAUUUUAACUUACCUAAAUACUGCAACUAUCAACACCACUGUGCUUGGAACACGUUAGCAGAAAGGAACGUAGCCACAUCAGCUAGUACCAAUUUUAACAGGGCAAUUUAAUUUUGAAUUUCAAAAGAUUCCCUUGAAAAUUUUGAGAAAUUUGCUUUGUACGUUACAGAAAAUACACUGAAAUUCGCACAAAAAUCCGCUCAACCAUUUACAUGUAAAAAAUGAAAUUCCGUUUUUAAAUUUGGCAAUUGCUGAUGUGGCUUGUUCCCUUUCUGCUUAACGCGGUCCAUUUGAGCUGCCAUAAUUUUUCUGAAGUAUGUACCUAUUCUCAUCCUACACCAGUCUUUACUUUUUGCAUGUUCUUGAUAAGUAAAAAUGCAUGUUUGAAUUGAACAGUUCCUGUUUUUUUUAAUUUUCAUUUUAUGUGGAUUUAGAACCAUAGCUCUUACAACCUAGUUAGGAAAUGUCAGCCUGAAUGCAGCGAUCUUGAAGUGCCUCUUAAGGAAAGAUAGAAAUGUUUUUGAUAAAAAGUUAAGAAUCAUACAAUUCGAGAGCGAGUUAUACAGUGAUCUAGUAUUUGCUUUAAUUACUACCUUUUAAAUAUUUUAUAAGUGUUUUAAAUCCAGUUCAUUUAAAUUUAAAAUGAAAAUUACCAUGAUUGUAACAGAACUUAACUGGACAUAAUCAUCUCUGUUGAUUUACGGUAACCGUGACUGUCAAUACCUUAGAACCCAUGACGACUAGCACUCUUUGAACUUUGCAAAAGCAGAAAUAUCUCCUUUCAUGGGAAGGACUCCUCAUUUGUGUGUAAUCUAUCUAAUUAUCCAGAGUAUACAUGACUGAAUAGUGAAAAGCUCAGUAGUACUAAACGAGGCAUAGCCCAUGAUCGUAAAGAAUUUUUUUUAAUAAUCGAGUUGAUGAUGACGGGGAUAUUUGUUCGAGAUAUUUUGUUGCUCUCCCCAUGUUUAUAUAUUUUAAGUUGGUGGCAUCAGCUUCCUGAUGAAUUUUUCAACUUUCUCAAUUUGCAUUCCUCUCUUGAAUGAUAAUCAUGUUUAAUAUUAAGAAGGGUACUAAGUUAAAGUUAAUUAACUUAUCCACCAAUCGACUGAUCACUUUGAAGUAUUGUCAUGAAGUAUUCUUUUGUUUGCAUUUGUAAGUCAUUUGUUGAUAUUUUCCUAUUCUUCUAAGUACUAUUUAUUAAAAUUUGCUCAUAUUGAG